CAUUGUACAUACGACAAUGGGAGUUACUCCAAAAAUCUCUCCCUCAUCACCUCCGACUUGGCUUCCAUAUUUAUUUUGGAUAAUUCCCCCGGUGCCUACCGAUCCUACCCAGAUAACGCCAUACCUAUUCGCUCCUGGUUUUCUGAUGCCCACGACACCGCCCUCCUAUGCCUUUUACCAGUGCUGGAUGCGCUUCGAUUCGUGAACGAUGUCCGUUCUGUGCUCAGCAGGAACCUGUAUCGACCACAAGCACUUCUACCGAGCUGA